AAGUAACGAAGGGUCGUGCCUUUUCUUUUUUUAUUUUUUUUUUCGCCCCUCUUUCGUGACGUUGCAUUGUGAGGCCUUGCUUUUUGUUGGCGUCGCACCAAAUAACCUGGCUGCGGUUUCGCGUGCUGCUUCCUCUGAUAGGACUGAAGUGGCACGAGGCGACCGGGGCCGGUGAGAUGGCGACCACGGCUGCGGCAUUCCAGAGCCUGGCCGAGCUGGCUCACCGGGAAUACCAAGCGGGAGACUAUGAGAACGCCGAGCGCCACUGCAUGCAACUGUGGCGACAGGAUCCCUCAAACACUGGCGUGCUCUUGCUCCUGAGUUCUAUACACUUCCAGUGCCGCCGACUGGACAAGUCGGCCAACUUCUCAACACUGGCCAUCAAGCAGAAUCCUUUGCUGGCCGAGGCCUAUUCAAACCUCGGCAACGUCUACAAGGAACGAGGCCAGCUGUCCGAUGCAUUGGAAAACUACCGGCAUGCUGUGCGUCUGAAGCCAGACUUCAUCGACGGCUACAUCAACCUGGCGGCAGCUCUGGUCGCCGCUGGUGACAUGGAGCAGGCAGUGCAAGCCUAUGUGUCUGCACUUCAGUAUAACCCAGAUUUGUACUGCGUUCGCAGUGAUCUGGGGAACUUGCUGAAAGCCUUAGGUAGACUAGACGAAGCCAAGGCCUGCUACCUAAAGGCCAUCGAGACUUGUCCAACAUUUGCCGUGGCCUGGAGCAAUCUAGGUUGCGUGUUCAAUGCCCAAGGGGAGAUAUGGCUGGCCAUUCAUCAUUUUGAAAAGGCAGUGGCCUUAGACCCGAACUUCCUUGAUGCCUACAUCAACCUGGGUAAUGUGCUGAAGGAAGCCCGCAUUUUUGAUCGAGCUGUGGCAGCCUACCUGCGGGCAUUGAACCUCAGCCCCAACAAUGCUGUGGUGCACGGAAAUCUGGCUUGUGUUUACUAUGAGCAAGGGCUCAUCGACCUGGCUGUGGACACAUACAGGCGUGCCAUCGACCUGCAGCCAAACUUUCCCGAUGCGUACUGCAAUCUUGCCAACGCACUUAAGGAAAAGAGCCAGGUGACGGAGGCAGAAGACUGCUACCAGACGGCCCUUCGUCUGUGCCCCACUCAUGCUGACUCACUCAACAACCUUGCAAACAUUAAGAGGGAACAAGGUUUCGUAGAGGAAGCCACUCGUCUCUACCUCAAGGCACUGGAGGUGUUCCCGGAGUUUGCGGCGGCCCAUUCCAACCUGGCAAGUGUGCUGCAGCAGCAGGGAAAGCUGGCGGAGGCUCUGCUUCAUUACCGCGAGGCUAUUCGCAUCUCUCCAACAUUUGCCGACGCUUACUCAAACAUGGGAAACACCCUCAAGGAAAUGGGCGAUGUUCAGGGCGCUCUUCAAUGCUACUCUCGUGCAAUCCAGAUCAACCCUGCCUUUGCCGACGCCCACUCCAAUCUCGCAUCCAUUCACAAGGAUUCGGGCAACAUCCCAGAGGCGAUCGCCUCCUACCGCACUGCACUGAAGUUGAAACCAGAGUUCCCGGAUGCCUAUUGUAAUUUGGCUCACUGCCUGCAGAUUGUGUGCGACUGGACGGAUUACGAGGGCCGCAUGAAGAAGCUGGUCGCCAUUGUCGCGGAUCAACUCGAGAAGAACCGCCUCCCCUCUGUGCACCCACACCAUUCCAUGCUGUACCCACUGUCGCACGAGUUCCGCAAGGCCAUCGCCGCUCGCCAUGCCAACCUGUGCCUUGAGAAGAUCCAGGUACUGCACAGGGCUCCAUACCAGCAUCCUCGGCAGCGGCAGGGAAGGCUCCGCAUUGGCUAUGUCAGCUCUGACUUCGGCAACCACCCCACGUCCCACCUCAUGCAGAGUGUCCCGGGCUUCCACGACAAGACUCGUGUGGAGGUCUUCUGCUAUGCUCUCAGUCCUGAUGACGGCACAAGCUUUCGCUCCAAAAUAGCCACCGAGGCUGAGCACUUUAUAGACUUGUCACAGAUACCUUGCAACGGGAAGGCGGCCGACCGCAUACAUGCCGACGGCAUUCACAUCCUGGUCAACAUGAACGGCUACACCAAGGGCGCACGCAACGAGAUCUUUGCACUCCGUCCGGCUCCCGUGCAGGCAAUGUGGCUCGGCUACCCUGGCACCAGCGGAGCUCCCUUCAUGGACUACCUGGUCACGGAUCGCAUCACCUCACCGCCGCACCUAACUAGUCAGUAUUCCGAGAAGCUGGCCUACAUGCCACACACCUUUUUCGUUGGCGACCACCGCAACAUGUUCCCCCAUCUUAUGGAGCGUGCCAUCAUUGAAUCUCGCGAGUCUCGGCUCAAGGGAAAUGGCGAGGUGCCGGACAAUGUGUCCAUCGUGAAUGCAACAGAUUUGUCUCCCAUUAUCGACAAGGCAGAGGUGAAGAAGAUCCGUGAAGUUGCUGCCGCCGAGCAGGGAGAACGUGUGGAAGUGGUCAAGACCGUCAUUGAACUCCCAACCACAGUCCAGGCUAUGAUUAGUUCCGGCCAAGUGCAGGCUCAGGUGAAUGGUGUGCUGGUGCACAACGGCCUGGCGAGCACCCAAGUGAACACACGGGCAGCUACCGGAGAGGAGGCUCCGCGGGCCAUCUUGGUCACCUGCCGGCAGCAGUACGGCCUUCCCGAAGAUGCAGUGGUGUACUGCAACUUCAACCAGCUGUACAAGUUGGACCCAGCCACGCUGCGCAUGUGGGUGAACAUCUUGCAGCGCGUGCCCAACAGCGUCCUCUGGCUGCUGCGUUUUCCCGCUGUGGGCGAGGCGCAUGUGCAGGCCUGGGCACAGGCUGAGGGGCUCACACAGCCGGGUCGCAUCAUCUUCUCCAACGUGGCUGCCAAGGAGGAGCAUGUGCGUCGAGGCCAACUGGCGGAUGUGUGCCUCGACACGCCGCUCUGCAACGGCCACACGACGGGAAUGGAUGUGCUCUGGGCUGGCACACCUGUUGUCACAUGGCCGGGGGAGACCCUGGCAUCACGUGUGGCUGCCUCUCAGCUCCACUGCCUGGGAGUGCCCGAGCUGGUGGCGCGCUCUCGUCGAGAGUACCAAGACAUCGCUGUACGGCUAGGGACCGAUCGAGACUACCUCAAAGCCAUUCGAGCGAAGGUGUGGGCUGCCCGUAUGGAGAGUCCCCUGUUCAACGUGCGCACCUACACAUCAAACUUGGAGAACCUGUUCCUCAAGAUGUGGGCCAACUAUGAAGAAAACAAGCCACUAGACCACAUAAUGGAUUGAGAGCAAGCAGCAUUUUGACACCAGAAGGCCACCAGCGCAACACACCGUACAGUGGCAACGUUGUGACCAUCACUUCAGAGCAUUGUAAAUAAACAUUGAGGGCAGGCUGCCUAGCAGACAAGUUAUAUUAAUCUUGCUAGGCUUCAGUUGGAAAUAAAAG